CUACUGGUUUGAAGUUAAAACACAGCUUCUAGCUCCUCUUCACCCUAAAUACAUGUUUAAAAGAAGAGCAAAGCUUCCUCACUCCCGGCGGCGUAAUGUAACCACGAACAUUACUUCACUAUAAUGGGUUCGUCGUUGAGAAUGGAAGAAAUUUUGAAGGAUAAACAGAGUCGCGACCCCAACUCCAUUACUUCACUAUCUCUCACUCACAAAGCUCUCACCUCCUCCGACAAUGUAUUUUCUUGUCUGUCCCAAUUCUCCAGUUUGGAGAAACUCGACCUCGCCUUUAACAGUCUCACGUCUCUUGAGGGUUUGAGCUCAUGUGUUAACUUGAAGUGGUUAUCAAUUGUUGAAAACAAAUUGCAUAGCUUGAAUGGAAUCCAAUCCCUCUCUAAGCUUACUGUGUUGAAUGCUGGCAAAAAUAAGCUUAAAUCUAUGGACGAAGUUGCAUCUCUUAUCACUUUACGGGCUUUAAUUUUAAAUGACAAUGAGAUCGUUUCCAUAUCCGUGUUGAAUCAACUCAAAGAACUAAACACUCUAGUUCUCUCAAGAAAUCCCAUCCGCAAAAUUGGUGAAUCACUGGUCAAGAUGAAGUCUCUCACAAAGCUUUCUCUCUCAAAUUGCCAGCUUGAGACCAUUGGCUCAUCUCUUAAGUCCUGCACCAACUUGAAAGAACUCAGACUUGCUCAUAAUGAUAUUAAGAUACUCCCGGCUGAGUUGGCCUUUAAUAAGAAACUCCAGAAUUUGGACUUGGGAAAUAAUACAAUUACAAGAUGGUCAGAUAUGAAGGUGCUGAGCUCCAUAGUCGAUCUGAAAAAUCUCAAUCUACAAGGCAACCCCAUCACUGAUAUGGAAAAAGUGUCUAAGAAGAUUCUAAAAUUAUUGCCACACUUGCAUAUCUUCAAUGCUAGACCAAUAGAUAAAAGCAACAAGGUAUCCAGUGGCAGAUUUAAUGAUUCUUCACUUAUUCCUACUCAUGAGCUUUCAGUUUCUAAGGAAAUGCAAAAAAGUUCUGUGAGAAAAAAUGGUCCUCAUGAUAGUGCAAGUGAUGUUAAAGUAGAGAAAGACCUGAAGAAGAAAAACAAGAAAGUAGAUAACAAGUUCUUAGGGAAGGAAGAUGUUCCAGUAUAUGAUAGGGAUAAUGUUAUUGUUGACCAGAAGCCAAAGAGGAAGAAGUCACAGGAGCAAGAUGAAAGUAAUGAUUUUGAAAUGGAGGGCUUGAAGCAGAAAAAGAAGAAAACACAUGAGAAAUUCUCGAAGAAGGAUGUUCAAGUCCCUGAGGAUGACAAUAAUGUGGUCAAAAUGAAAUCCAAAAGUAAAAAAUCUGGGGAACAGAGUGAACUAGACCUUAUUGAUGAUGCAGAUGCCUCAUUUGCCGACUUCUUUGCCAAUAGUACUGCGAAAAGUCCAGAAGUUGGUGGUCAGAAGGAAAAGGUAGAUAAAGCUGGUAAAGACAAAUAUUUGAUGGGUGGAGUAGUAGUUAUUUCUGCAGAUAAAAAGAAAAAGAAAAUCCAUGCUGUGGAUUCUACAAUUCAGUUGCCAGCAGAGGUUGAAGUUGGGAUGGGUGGAUCAUCAACAUGGGAUGAUGAGUAACGAGUUAUACAAGAGGCACUUAAGGAUUCAGUCUAGUCAAACCAGCCAAAAGGCUCCUGCCUGCUUCUCAAAUCUUUACAAUCUCAAUAGAUGGCAUGAAAAAGCUUAUCGGAAAGAUGCAAAUCAUUACCAUCUCAAUUGAUGGCAUGAAAAAGCUUAUCGGGAAGAAGAGAUGAUGUGCCAAUUUUGAAUCGCGACUUGUCCUUUAAUUUCUAUUUAUAUUCAAACUAUUGGUGAACUUUUACGUUGCAUCAACAGAGUUUUCUUUUUUUGGCUCUGAAAUUGUAUGGUUUUAUCCUGAAGUGUUUUAGACUGUUUGUAUUAUGGUAACAAUUUGAUAAUAGACUAGAUUCAUACA